AUGAGCCCACGGAACCCACGUGGCUCAACGUCCAUUCCUUCUACUACCUACCAGCCUUCUCUUCCCGCUACCGUUCUCUGCUACCAUCAAAGCUUCAACCUUCCCCAAAUUAACAACAAGCCCAGCGGAAACCAGAGACGGAUUCCAAAAGCAGUUGUGGAAAUGGAGAUCAACAAGAAAGGGGUUAGUGAAAUUGGGGUCCAUGACAUUGUCAGGGCAGGCCUUUCCGUCGAGGAUGCUAGGAGAUUCCAUCACCUGCUAAAAAAUGCAAUCUUUUUGGCAAAUGGGUCGAGCUCUGAACCUGCUGACCCGACAGAAGUGUGGCGGAAGGUGGUGGGCGAGAGGGUUCUCCAGCCAUGUCACCCUCAUAAGCUCCACCAGCUGGUUUACUACUCUGUUUACUCCAAUUGGGAUUCCUCCGUUCGUGGACCUCCUCCUUACUGGUUUCCUUCUCAGGAUGAGUCAACCCGUACAAGCUUGGGACUUGCAAUGGAAACUCAUGGACCGAAGUUUUUAGGGGCUUCUUACAAGGACCCCCUUACAAGUUUUGACCUAUUCCAGAAGUUUAGUGUCAUAAACCCUGAGGCUUAUUGGGCAAUCGUUCUAGAAGAGCUUUCGGUGUCUUUUCAUGAAAAGCCAAAGUGCAUUCUUGACACUAGUGACAAAUCAAAACCUGGUGGAACAUGGCUGCCCGGUGCAGUUAUGAAUAUUGCUGAUUGCUGUUUGCAGCCUGGGAUUCGUCCCUUGAAAAAUGACGAUAGUGUAGCGAUUGUAUGGAGGGAUGAAAUUGAUUCCUCUGUGGUGAACAAAAUGACGUUGAAAGAGCUCCGACAACAAGUAAUGUUGGUUGCUAAUGCUCUAGACACAACAUUUGUGAAGGGGGACACUAUUGCCAUCGACAUGCCUAUGACAGUUCAUUCUGUUAUCAUCUAUUUGGCCAUUGUAUUUGCAGGUUACGUUGUGGUAUCAAUAGCCGACAGCUUUGCUCCGAAGGAAAUUGCAACUCGUUUGCGCAUCUCCAAUGCCAAGGGCAUCUUCACACAGGACUUCAUUCUCAGAGGAGGUCGGAAGGUUCCCUUGUACAGUCGGGUUAGUGAAGCUAGGCCUCAUAAAGCGAUUGUGUUGCCUGCGGUGGGUAAUGACGUAGGCAUUCAGUUGCAAAAGCAGGAUCUUUCAUGGAAAAAGUUUCUUUCCAGAGCCAACCACCUUGAAAGACCCAAUGUUUACUCUCCUGUUUAUCAACCAGCUGAUUCGAUGACGAACAUUCUGUUUUCAUCUGGGACUACAGGAGACCCUAAAGCAAUUGUAUGGACACACCUUUCACCAAUUCGAUGCAGCAGCGAUGCUUGGGCUCACGUUGAUAUUCGAGUUGGUGAUGUCUACUGCUGGCCUACAAAUUUGGGUUGGGUCAUGGGACCUAUUUUGCUCUAUUCUUGCUUCUUAACUGGUGCAACUCUUGCUCUCUUCCAUGGAUCUCCCCUUGGCCGCGACUUCGGGAAAUUUGUUCAGGAUGCUGGUGUUACUGUCUUAGGAACUGUUCCAAGCUUAGUGAAAACUUGGAAAAACUCCAACUGCAUGGAAGGGUUAGACUGGACACGAAUAAGGUCCUUUUGUUCCACGGGAGAAACUUCAAAUGUUGAUGACGAUCUUUGGCUCUCUUCGAAAUCAUACUACAAUCCCAUUAUCGAAUGCUGUGGAGGCACUGAACUUGCUUCAUCCUAUAUCCAAGGCAGUGUGCUACAGCCACAGGCUUUCGGAGCAUUUAGCACGGCGUCGAUGACAACAGGACUUGUUAUCCUUGAUGAGGAAGGGAUUCCAUAUCCAGGUGAUCAACCUUGCGUAGGUGAAGUGGGUUUGUACCCCGUGUACCUAGGUGCAUCUGAUCGACUGCUCAAUGCUGAUCAUGAUGAGGUAUACUUCAAGGGAAUGCCGAUUGUCAAGGGAAUGCAACUAAGGAGACAUGGAGACAUCCUGAAGAGGACUGUUGGAGGCUACUUCAUUGUGCAGGGCAGGGCAGACGACACCAUGAACCUUGGUGGGAUUAAGACGAGCUCGGUGGAGAUCGAGCGUGUGUGUGAUCGAGCUGACGAAGGCAUCCUGGAGACCGCUGCAGUGAGCGUGGCACCACCGGGAGGUGGCCCAGAAGUGUUGGUGAUCUUUGUGGUGCUGAAGAAUGGGUUUAAUGGGGAAAGUGACAAGUUGAGAGUGAAGCUCUCAAAAGCCAUCCAGACCAACCUCAACCCACUCUUCAAGGUUGGACAUGUUAAGAUCGUCGCAGAGUUUCCCCGGACUGCUUCGAACAAGUUGCUGAGGCGAGUUCUGAGGGAUCAAAUCAGGCGGGAACUGCAUGGACUAAGCAAGUUGUAGAUAGUUGCAGAAAAAAAAAUAAUACACAUGUUGUCACUUUCUUGGAUGUUUCAACUGAAUAAUACCGCGGUUAUAUAAUGAGAAUAAUGAAGAACAUCAUUUGAUUCCCUGUAGCAACUGAAUGCUUCAUGUGGUAGCUUUACAAUAAUCACCAUAAACUGUAAGCCAACAAUAUCAAGCAGGAAAUCAGCAAUCAAAAUCAUGCCUUGACAUCAACCGUGCUGAAUUCCCACUUCGUCCAGUAGUAUCAAAAACCAAUUUGUCCUCGACCCACACAAAAGGAUAAAGCACCGGCUUUGCACCGACCCACGUCCACUCUUGCGACUCGGCAUCAAGGGCUUUGCCUUGCUGCCACUUGGAGAUGGCGGAUGAUUCGAGACACUACAGCAGUUGGUGCCAAGUCCCCACCAAGCAGCUCUAAUGGCAGCUUCCAAAAAAUGGGUUUUAAAAAGCAACAGUAAGAUUUGGACAAGAACCUCGCCUUUCCCUGCUUCUCACACUCUCCGAGUCUCAACGAUCUCAUGUCGUCGGCGAAGGGACCUGUGUGCGUCACCGGCGCCGGAGGUUUCUUGGGCUCCUGGGUUGUUCAUCUUCUCCUCUCCAAGAACUAUCUAGUCCGUGGCACCGUCAGAGAUCCCUUGGAUGGAAAGUAUGCCCACUUGAAGCAACUCCCAAAUGCAUCCUCGAAUCUGGAGCUCGUGAAGGCCGAUUUGCUGGAUUACCCAUCUCUGGUCUCUGCAAUUCAAGGCUGCUCGGGUGUUUUCCAUGUCGCCAGCCCUGUUCCCUCUUCCUCUGUGCCAAACCCUCAGGUUGACCUAAUCGAGCCAGCAGUGACAGGAACCCUGAAUGUCCUCAAAGCAUGCAACGAGACCAAGGUCAAGCGAGCUGUGGUUGUGUCCUCUGGUGCUGCUCUUAUAAUGAACCCUUCCUGGACUGAUAGUCAGGUCAUCGAUGAGUCUUGCUGGUCCGACGCUGAACAUUGCAGAGCUACUGAGAAUUGGUACUGUGCUUCCAAGACUGAAGCUGAGAGUAAGGCAUUGGAGUAUGGGAAAGCCGCUGGACUUGAUGUUGUAACCGUUUGCCCCAAUCUCAUCUUGGGUCCCAUUCUGCAGUCUACUGUGAACGCGAGCACCUUGCUGCUCGUCAAGCUUUUGAAAGAAGGGAAGGACAUGGUCGAUAAUAGGCAUUUUCUGGUCGUGGAUGUUCGGGAUGUAGCUGAAGCGCUGGUUUUGGCUUACGAGAAACCUGAUGCGCAAGGCAGAUACAUAUGUAGUUCGCAUUCCGUGCAUGUCAAGGACAUAGUUGAUAUGUUGAAGGAAAAGUAUCCCAACUACAAUUAUCCUAAGAACUUUACAGAGGUACAUCAGAAGAAAGAAAUGAGCUCAGACAAGUUGCAGAAGCUAGGCUGGAGAUACCGUUCACUGCAGGAAACUCUGGUGGACGCCGUGGAGAGCUACAAGAAGGCUGGCUUAUUGGACUAGAACUGAACCAAUCCAAUCCUAUUUUACUGAUGAACCCAAAUUUCUUAUGUGCGAAUGGAAGGCUUCCAUGUCCAUGCUUGAACUAGAUAGAGGUGGUUCGUAGUAAGUAUCUCGGUUUGUUUCGAAAAUACUGGGAAGGUAGAGAGAAUUUGGUGCUGCUGCAGCAUCUAUCAUAUAAUAGAACAUGAACUAAAAAUGAAAGGUUUUGAAAAUAAAGGUUUUGAGUUUUAAAUUUUUUUGGAUUUAUGAUGGAUUUUGUUGUAUUAUGGAUUUGGUGCUGCAACACUACUACUUAGUCUCAUUUUAGUUUGGACGUCAUCGCUAGCACGCCACAAUGUUGGUGCAUUACUGAG